AUGAGUAGAACAGAACCUAGUGAAGAGACAGCAUCGUCUUUGCAGUCUGAAUUUUCAUUCAACGAGGGAAUAUCAGAGAACAAUAAGAAAAAUGUUGUAUUGUUAAACCAAAUAGUCCCAUUCAUCCUGAACACGUCCCAUUACAUGACAGAUCUAAUGUAUAUUUUAUACUACCUGGCCCAGAAUCAGGACAACAAACGUCCAAAUGCAGACGGUACAUGUGUGUCGCAUAAGGAAGAACUUUUAGCAUUGAAGAGUGAUCUUUGCGAAUUAAUUUACGAUUUAAGGACAGGUUUCCGUUUGUUAUUGGAUAGUUGUGAGUUAGAUCAUUUUGAAACACCUGGGAAGUGUCGACAUUUGAUUGAGAAGGUUUUAGUUACAUCUAUUUAUGGAGUAAAUGGACUAAUAUCUCAAGAAUUAAGCAGAUUAAACGUCGAUUUCAAAGAAGAGUUUGUUUUACAACUGCAGAACUGCUUGCUGGGGUUCGUCAAUCUUUAUAAAUUUUUGAAUAAAAUUCCCAUGAACAAACAACAAUCUCAGAUGAACGAUUUACAAAUGAAAAUACUAGUUAAUGUGCUACAGAAUGAAUUGUUACCCAUUUGGAAGUUCCAGCUGGACCUGCUUAAUUGCAAACUGUUCAAUGAGCUUUCUAAAGAUAAAAACAUGGUAAAAAUGUAUAGGGAAGCUACGAACGAUACGGAAAUUGACGUUAGCAAGGGUGAACCAUUUAUCAAAUAUGUUAAUUGGUUAAAAGACCAAAUCAUUGGCGAAAUGACUGUGUAA